ACUACUAACAGCAUGGACAUGUUUGGCCCAGGGCAAUUGGUAUCUACUCUCCUGCCUGCAGUUUUCCAUUCACCUGCAGCUCACUUUUUCCCUGCAUUCCCAACCAGACUGGGCUCUCAACCUCAGAUUCUGAUCCCGGGGCCCUUUAUCAGCUAUGAAUCCUUGAGGAAUUAUCUGCAGCCAGAGCCUUGCAAGGAAGCUUUUCUCCUGGCAACACAGGCAAUCGGGAUGGGGCCACUCACAGAGGGCAUAGAUGAACAGAGGCCAGUGAAGCAGCGUCGUGCACGGGCCAACUACAGCAGCUGGCAGCUGGAGGAGCUGGAGAAGGCCUUCGAGACCACCCACUACCCAGACAUCUUCAUGAGGGAAGCCCUGGCCCUCAGACUGGACCUCAUUGAGGCCAGAGUACAGGUUUGGUUUCAAAACCGCCGUGCCAAGAUGAGGCGGCAGCUGAAGCUGCAGGGCCAGCUCGCAGGGCCUUAUGUAAAAAGAGACAAUGAUGAAACGUCUGAGAAAGCGAGCAGGAGUUUAAAACAGCAGACAGAAGGUUCUGACGGCGAGCACUGGGAGAGACGGCAGGAAGGAGAGAACUAUCCAUGGACAAAAGCGGCGGGAGCUGCGCUGAGCGUGCGCACGCAGCCUGUGACCCAGAGGUCGGGGAAGUGGGAGAGGCCGGAGGGGCCAAGCUCGGGGGGGCCAAGUUCAGAGGAGCUCCGCUCGUGCAGCAUCGCCAAGCUGAGGGCCAAAGCCAGAGAGCACGAGGCCGAGAUCCACAGCACUGUAAACAUGUCAGGAGGCGACACACAGUCACAAACACAGGAAGAUGAUGCCAUGCACAAUGAUGGAUAG